AUGCCUCCAAAACCGCGUAAACAGCUGGACUCCAAACGAAUACAGAACUCUUUAAGAGCGAACAUUUUAAGUCUGGUAAGUUUGAUUUUCAUUUACAAUUUUCCCUACUCACGUCAGUGCAAUUAAACGUCGCGUCGUUAACGUUUAUUAGAUAAGAGACGAACAGAAAGCAAUAGCAUGCCGUGCUAUUUGGCGUGUGUGCAACGAAGACAUAGAGCUUGCAAGAUUUCAAAUAGCUUCCAAAAGACUGCUGUUGGACGAUGCCAUUAAUGCAAUAGAAGGAGUGCAUUUCUUUUUCUCCAGCAUCACAAGCGUUUGUUCAAACUCGAAAUCAAAAGUUGAGGAAGAACCCACGGACAUGGAAGCCGAUGAAACCUAUCCCUCGAUUGCAUAUUUCAUUGUCUACACACCCAACGACAAUUGCAACGACAACACCUUUUUUACCGCUCUGCAUAACCAAGAUUUAGAGCCGGUCAUUCAAGGUAUGAAAGUUCGAAACGCUGCCAAUAAUGAAUUGGAAAAUGCGGCAAGACAGCUCUUUCAAACUGUGAAGGACCAUAACAACCGCAGUAUCCAGGACAUGCUUGACAUAUCGAAUGUAUACUGUUACCGCAAUGCCCACGACUCAUCGACAGACGAGGAGAACGACGAAGAGGAAUACGAUGAAGAAUUCCAUCCGACACACUUCCCGAGCGCUCCCUGUUGUGUCACGAUCGUCAAUCACGAUGGUUAUCUUGACGCCAUACAGUCAGCAAUCGAAAGGCUGCAAUCGGAUGGACUUGUGUUAGAAACGUCAUUAUCGCCACAAGUAGACACGAUACAAUCAUUGUCACAGCCAAAUGAAAUUACACGAACUAUCAGAAAGAUUGCUCGCGUUAUGGUAAUCUGCGGCCACGUUCUUCACCGAUCCGCAAUUUAUACCACCCCCGCCAAUGCGAAGAUGACUUAUGUCAGAAUGAUGGAUGUGUCAAGUUAUUUGAAUAAGCUUCUUGCAAACGACGCCCUAAACAACGACCUUGUUCGACAUUUCCAAGCGGUUGAGAGAAUACUAUCACAUCCAGCCUGCGAAAUGAUCCAGCAAAUUAAAUUCGACUUAGACCUAAUCGAAGUGUCUAACGGUUUUUGUUUCUCCAUCAACAAACGCGCGUUCAUGGCGAACGCCAUUCCGUCGUCAAAGAUUGGCAAGUUAUCACCACGGGCCUUCGUUCCUUAUGAUUGCUCAACACCACCCCAACCUAGAUAUUUUCAAGAAGGCAUCCUAAAUUCAUUCCCUGGUGAAGAGGAACGUGUAAAUUUCCUCAACAAAUUUUACCAGUGUCUCUUUGCCUCUAGAAUGCCCCAGAAGACAAGAAAACUUGUAGUAGCUGGUCCACGUGAUUCUGGUAAAACGUCGUGGUGCAACGUAUUCCAUCGAAUUAUUCCACCCGAAUGUAUCGCGUCAGUAACAAAUGAAGGUCAGUUUUCGGCGGCUAUGAUUACGGAGACAACCCAGCUGGUGAUAAUUGAUGAGUGGUCGAGCAACAGAAUGCAGUCGGAUCUGGCAAAGACCGUCCUUCAAGGUGGCUGGAUGGUCACUUCCGUGAAACAUGGCCCUCCACGAUGCGUGAACAACAAUAGCCCAUUUUAUAUCACAACUAACAACGUUCCUGAUUUUCGCAAAGAGGACGAAAAUGUUAAACGUCGAAUUCGCAUAUUCCAAACGACGUCUUUACCAAACACUAUUCCUGGCAUCGAUAGUUGGAUUUUCGAUCACGCAAUGGACUGCAUUGCCUGGACUGCGGAAGAAAUCCACCAGCAUCGAGAUCUUAUCUGCCAUGAAGAACUUUGGUACGAGAAUUGCGAGAACGCCCCCGUGGCUUCCGUGGAUGGUGAAUCCUUAUGGAAACGACACGAAAUUGAUCAAAUUACGAAAGCUGACAUGCAACCCCUGUGUCAUAAGGAAACCACAAAAGUUGACGAGCGUACCAUUCAUCCCGGAUUUACGGCAGAGUUACGUUCCAGACGGCUUGCCAGGAAAAGAAGAGAUAGGAGACGGAUUGUUUACGACACUUCAACAGACGACGAAGAAAAGAUUUGCGGAAGAAUCGAAGACAAAAACGUGGAAAAUACGAACGAAUCUGAAAACUCCGACAUGGAGAUAGAACGGUCACCAUCGCUCAGUAAGAGAGGAACAAGCGCAAAGGGCGAGCAAGAUGGAAGCGAACAAAUGCGUGGCAGUGAAGCGCCGCCACCGGUCAGUGCGAAGAACAAGGAAAAGGCAAACAGUGCAACAAAUAGUGAUUAUAAUACCUUGAAAAACAAAUACUCCUCAUUUACUCCGCCAGCAGGUUGGGUUCUCAACAACGAGGAAUACGUGGACAAAGUUGCAAAUUACAUAGAAUGCUCCCUCUACAAAGAUCUAAAAAAAGGUCAUCUCCAUUCUUUCAUAGAACGAAGGGAUAGGGCGAAGUCGAAACGAACCCAUGCCGACCGCCAAUUCUGGGAAAAGGCAGACCCCGAAAUCGAUGCGUGGAUGUUGGCAACGGGAAGAGUAAGAGAGGUCUUCAACAUAGACAAUUUCGUUAAAAGGCACCCAGAUAUUCUCCCAGCACUUCAACAGCUGAGGAAGGAUUUGAAUGUUCUCGUUCUAGAAAGUCGCUGUCCAGUAAAUAGGGCCUUAAACGCCAACACAAAUAACGAUGAGCAAAGGGAGGGGCCACAGCUUUCAUCCCAAACAUUCUGGACCACAUUUAAAAGCUGGAUUGGCAAGUAA